CGGCCGGUCGCUCCCCCUCCUCUCCUUCAGCGGUUGAUAUGACGUCACCGCGCUCCCGAUCUCCGUUUCGUUGACAGCACGGCGGCGGCGGCGGCUGCCCUGAGAGUCCCGGCAUAAACCACGGAGAAGAAAGGGAGGCACGGCCACUUGGAAAGGAAUAGCUGCAGAGAAGACGGAUUGGCUACACUUUGACAGACAGGAGACAACGUACAUAGGAGCGGGCCCCGCUGACCUCCACACCCAAGCAUUUUUAUUUAUCUGACUUAUUUUCCCGUCGUCACGUGAUAGGUGGGAAGCCACUUCCACAGACCUUGCACAGGGGAGCUGCCCGGCGAUCAUGAGAAGAAAUCCUUCUCCCGCUGUGUGCUUGGGAUAACCCUGCACGGUGGAAUGAACCGUCCUUAUUGAAUGACUCCACAUUUCUCAUUACACUGCAUCUGGAGGAGACUUUUUCUUGUUUCUGAAGCCACUCUGUGGCACACUUUUUCCCCAAUUCAGUUUUCUAAAUAGUUUGAAAAAUCCCUUAAGGUGUCCCUUAUUAUUUUGUAUAACUGGGACAUCAUUCAUCAUGGUGCUGUCACAGAGGCAAAGAGAUGAGCUAAAUCGAGCAAUAGCGGAUUACCUACGUUCCAAUGGUUAUGAAGAGGCCUAUUCUGUUUUUAAGAAGGAGGCAGAACUUGAUAUGAAUGAAGAGUUAGAUAAGAAGUAUGCAGGACUCUUGGAGAAGAAAUGGACAUCUGUUAUCAGAUUACAAAAAAAGGUUAUGGAAUUAGAAUCCAAAUUAAAUGAAGCAAAAGAAGAGUUUACAUCUGGAGGACCUAUAGGCCAAAAGCGAGACCCCAAAGAAUGGAUACCUCGCCCACCUGAAAAAUAUGCACUCAGUGGUCAUCGGAGUCCUGUCACUCGUGUUAUUUUUCAUCCAGUGUUUAGUGUUAUGGUCACGGCAUCAGAAGAUGCAACGAUCAAGGUGUGGGACUAUGAGACUGGAGAUUUUGAACGCACACUCAAGGGGCACACAGACUCUGUGCAGGAUAUAUCUUUUGACCAUUCUGGAAAGCUGCUGGCCUCUUGUUCUGCGGAUAUGACUAUUAAGCUAUGGGAUUUCCAAGGUUUUGAGUGCAUCAGGACUAUGCAUGGUCAUGAUCAUAAUGUUUCCUCAGUAGCCAUUAUGCCCAAUGGAGAUCAUAUAGUGUCUGCCUCAAGGGAUAAAACCAUUAAGAUGUGGGAAGUUCAGACUGGGUAUUGUGUGAAGACCUUCACAGGACACAGAGAGUGGGUUCGCAUGGUGAGGCCAAACCAGGAUGGUACACUUAUUGCCAGCUGUUCCAAUGACCAAACUGUUCGGGUUUGGGUUGUAGCUACAAAGGAAUGCAAAGCAGAACUUAGAGAGCAUGAGCAUGUGGUAGAAUGCAUUUCUUGGGCACCAGAAAGCUCAUAUUCUACCAUAUCCGAUGCUACAGGAUCUGAGACUAAAAAAAGUGGUAAACCUGGUCCUUUUCUCCUGUCUGGUUCCAGAGAUAAAACUAUAAAGAUGUGGGACAUUAGCAUUGGCAUGUGCCUAAUGACACUUGUUGGCCAUGAUAAUUGGGUGCGUGGAGUUCAAUUCCAUCCAGGAGGAAAGUUUAUUCUUAGUUGUGCUGAUGAUAAAACUAUACGCAUUUGGGACUACAAGAACAAACGCUGCAUGAAAACCCUUAAUGCGCAUGAACAUUUUGUUACCUCUUUGGAUUUCCACAAGACUGCGCCGUAUGUGGUGACUGGAAGUGUAGAUCAAACAGUAAAAGUGUGGGAGUGCCGUUGAUUUGAAUUCACCUUGGAACCCAUCGCCUUUCCCCCUUUCCUCUGGAUGCACUCAGAUACCAUGGUUACCCAUUGAGCUCUGUUAAAUACCUUUGUCCUUUCAUGUAAAUUAUUCUGGAU